AAACCUCAAUUUCAGGUCAAAACUACGUCGUUUUGAGCUGAUGGAGGAAGAGUUCGAGAGGAAGCCGAUUGAGGUUAAGGCUACUGAAGCUUUGGGUUGUGGAUUCGAUUUUGCGAGCGAUUUCAGGUUGAAGUUCGUAAAAAAAUGCUCAAACGGGGGUAGGUUGGUAAUUUUGGACGAGAUGAACAGGCGCAACGUUGUUGUUCCUGGUGGCGUUACCAUUCCUGAUGUUUCUGAAAAUAUAAGAUGUGAUAAAGGAGACCAUAUUCGGUUUAAAUCCGAUGUUCUUGAAUUUAAUCAGAUGUCAGAAUUGCUUAAUCAAAAAUCGUCGGUACAUGGAAAGGUUCCAUCAGGCUAUCUAAAUGCCAUGUUUGAUUUAAGUGGAGCCUGGUUGAAUGAUUCAGCAGAUGCUAAAUACCUUGCUUUUGAUGGUUAUUUUGUCUCCUUAUACUAUUUGCACCUGACGGCAUCCCCUUUAGUACUCCAAGACCAAGUAAAGAAGGCUGUUCCACCGCAUUGGGAUCCGGCAUCCUUGUCCAGGUAGCUUCUCCAUUCCACUCAGUCC